CCGGAGACGCACACGGACGCUUUUUCUCAUUUUGUGACUUUUCCAGGGAUGUUUAAUGUCGCUGCCAUCCGAGGACUGUUGUGACAAUUAAAUAUUCAAAUCGGACUUUUCUUCAGCUGGUUUUCUAACAAACCUUAUGGUCGCUCUGGAUUUAAGGCCUCCUGUCAGUCAGAAAUGGUUGCCCGGGCAGUGACCAUUUUCCAUCAUGAAGAACGAGGAGGUUCCUGCUGCCCACAGCCGUCCCCUCCACACUGGGAUCCCACAGAAGACCUCCGCUGCAUCACCGCCACCUUCCAGUAUCUACACACCUCAGGUUGGUACUGGGGUCCUAUCUCAGCGAGUGAAGCUCGGGAAGCUCUCCUGACCAAGUCUGAAGGCACCUUCCUGGUGCGGGACAGCAGCCACCCUCAGUACAUGCUGGCUCUGUCUGUGAAGACCCGCUAUGGACCCACCAGCGUGCGCAUCGAGUACAACAGGGGCUGCUUCUGGCUCGACUCCAUUUCCCCCAGCCUGCCUCACCUGCAGUCCUUCCCGGAUGUUCUCAGCCUCAUACAGCACUACUCUGGCUCAGGACAGACACUGCAGGACCAGGCGUCCAGUGACAUUCGCCCCCAAACCAAGGCCGACCCUGCACAGCAUGCAGCUAAAGACAGCGGAGUCCCUCUGAAGCUGACGUACCCGCUGCACAAACAGGAGGUUUUCCCUUCUUUGCAGCACCUGACUCGCCUCACCAUCAACAGACGCACAAACUGCCCCGACCAGCUGCCCCUCCCAAAUCCUCUGCUGCGCUACCUGCAGGACUACCCUUUCUCAAUAUGAGGAUCUCUGUCCCUGGGACACAAAGACAGGGUCAGGGUCACACUCCAUGCUGGCAGUCUGAGACAGCAGGCAGCAGAAGACGGUCCAGAGGGAGACAACUGUAAUGACUUUAGUACAAUAAGUCUCAGUGUGACCUCCCUGCUCAUGAAGGAACACAAUCUCACUGCAGUGCUGUUUUAUUUAAAUUAUUUUUAUAUGUCUGCUUCAGCUACUGUGAAAUGCCAACAUGCAAGUCAUUGCUGAUUGCUAUCUUUUUUUCUGACCUUUUGCCACCAAUGAGAGGUCCUCCAACGUCAGUCGUUUUCCAAAAAAGGCAGCCAAACCUAUGAUUGAAUAAAUCCCUGGAAAAGUAGCUCCUGAUUGCUUUGCUGUUUCUGCAGAGAUUACAUAAGAAAUAAUUUGGGUUUUGUGUCUUAAGAUCUCUGUUUUUUUUUCUCUGCGUCGGAGCUCAAGAGGCGGGGUUACUCUUCGAACAGAGCAAUGUUUAUUCACACUUCACUGAAUCAGUGGACCUCAUGAGCUGUGGCAGCGAUCUCAUGCUCCACACCUGGAACUCCUGGACACAACUGUGGUCAUCACAAAGUCGCAGAAAUGCUUCAGAACAUAUUUCUGCUUUUUGUUUUUAUUUUCUGGUAUGCAUGUUGAUGAGUUUUGAGACGGGUGGCGUACAAGAGGUUUGUCAACUUGAUGACUCUCUUCCUUCUUCACAUGUUUAAAUCGAAUCCAUCCAACAAAAAAAAAAAAAACAAGGGUUGUGGUCAGGAUGAUGCUACAUGAUCUGCAGACUGGGGGGUAGAAGUGGUUCUCCAGUCAUUGUGAAAGACCCAGUAAAAGAUAGAGUACAGUGUGUCUUCUGUGUUUCUUUCAUGUGCAGUAUCUCCUGAUGAGAAAUCAGAUAAGAACCACAUCCUUGCACAUAAUCAUAACCACUAUCAAUUGCUCUUCAAUGAAAACUAAAGCCAGUACAGGACAUCUGGUUGCUAACUGGUUUUAUUCUUAGAAGAUGAUCUUUGAAAUUCAGAGAAAUAAACACCAGAAAUGUUUUCUCUUUUCAAA